AUGCUUGAAAGAGGUGUCAUCAAGUCCUUUCAGCACGUAUACAUCUCUGUAUCUGCUCGUGAGAACCUUGGUACACUCACCAGUGCGAGCCAGUCGCAUGCUGAACAGACUGAGCGCUCGAAUCACGACCGCGAUCGAGUACAACUCGUACUGCGAGAGUGUCCCGCAACAGUGUGUCCCACAGAACGAUGGAUGGAGGAUCUGGACCAAGGCUGUCCAAGUGCUUUCGCUGCCUUUCUGCUCGUAUACCUUGAAAGGCUCGAGAAUGUCGAAAUUGGCGCAGAAUUUUCGCGGUUAUUUUCAUACAUUGGAGAGUCAACCAUGCGACAGUUGACACGCCUGACUACGGCUUCGAUAGGCACCUUUCGGGAUGAGGUUUACAUCGGGCCAGGUCGAGUACCCUUGGAUCAUUCUGCAGGUUUGCACCAUCCACUUUUGUUCUUCAAUCUGCCCAACGUUCAUCAUCUCUCGCUAAAUGUGCCGAAACCUCCUGAAAACAUGUGCUUCAGAUGGCCAUUCGAGGGCUUGAUCCCAUUGACUACAAAUCUUGAGUCGCUCGAGGUUGCCCUCACAUUCUUGAAUGAACGGAAAUUAGCUCAUAUACUGAAGGGGUGUCCGAAACUGCUGCGUCCCGAGAAGAGGGACGUGUUGAUCUUCCACUCCAACAGGCACUAUCGUCCGUCAAAUCGACUCUUGAAACCCUAUACUUGCAUCUGGGAAAACUCCACUGGUCUUCGGGAUCCUGGAACGACUAUCGGGGCAACGUAG